AGGAAUCCAGGAUUGAGUAACCUGCUUGCGCAAAUAUAUUCAACCCUCAAAUGCCAGCACCAUUGCAAAUAUGAUACAGGGAAGGAAAGGAAGUCACCCCACUUAGUAGUACUUAGUAUGCAUACAGUAUGUGAUCGCAUGUCCAUUGAACACGUAACAGUCCAAACGCGCUGGUUGGGACCGAUGGCCACAGCUUUUCUUGCUUCUUUCUUCCUGCUGUCGGUUUUACACUGGCAGUCGUCCAACAUCAAGAGACUCUUAAGCCGUUCUCCCUGAGGAGAUGACGGCGGCGGGAAAGAAGGAGCCGUCUGGCGCCGCUGGGGGUAAAAGGAAACUCAGCGCAUCAAAAGUCGAAGAGGAUCCUAUUGGUGUGAAGAAGGCAAAAGUGAACAAUACUUCCGAGGACGAGGACGUGGACGCGGAUGAGGAUGGGGAUGAGGAGAGCGGCUCUGGAACUGGAGAUGAACGUACGGGGAUCACGCAACCAUCAAUCCUGCAGACUAACGAACACCCAUUUCUAGGUACCGUUAGCCCUGCAGAGCAGCCUGAACUCAAAGACGAUGGCCCUCAUACAUUCUACUUAUGGGCAGACGCGUUGACGUGGUUAUUGACACCUGAUGAGGCCGCCGAUGAAGAAACAGCCACACUUCGCCUGAAGAGCUCCAUGCUAAAGCUAUGGUCCAGUAUUGAAGACCUACCUAAGGACGAACGAGACGAAGCUGUAUUCGAGUACCUGGAAAACACCAACAUUGUGCAUCUAGUCAUCUCUGAAGCAGUAGAUGGCGCACAUGAAACUUCAGCUGCAAAGAAAUUAAUUGAAGAUCAUGAAGCCCAGAAUGGAGACUGGUGGUGGGAAGUCGACUUGCAGAGAAACGAGCUUGCAGGAGGUGCGCCGGGUUUGAUGGUAACGGAGGACUCUCAAGGAGAAACGUGGUGGAUCACUGCUAUUCGCCCAGCGGAUUCGAAGAAGGCGGAUGCGUUGUCAUACUUGGUUGACUUCCUGACGGGACUAGACGAUUAGAGACUUUUUUGUGAGAUAUUUCAGACAUGAAUAUUUGAAUGUCCAGACGUGAAAUUGGUGAG